AUGGGCAAUGUGGAGUCCCGGCACUCCAGCAACGACUUCGAGCUGACCGUGCGCGCGGCCAAGGAGCUGGAGCACCUGCUGGCGCACGAGUUCGGCGCGCAGGGCCAGGGGCUGCACCAGAAGAUCAGCUCGGCGCAGAGCGCGGCGGGCCUGCCGCAGGCGCUGGUGAAGAAGAUGCGGUACCUGGCAACACUGAGGAACAGGCUGGUGCACGAGCGGGACUUCAAUGCUGUUCCGGACCGGGAGCGGUUCAUUCGAAAUUUUGAGGAGAGCAAGGCAGAGCUGAUGGGGAUCGUGGCGCAGAGGGGUGGGCGCAGGAAGAAGAAGGCGAAGGGGUGCUGCGUGAUCGUUUAG